GGCGCUUGCUCGACAACGGCCACCAUGAUGGACGUCAUGCGCAUGCCCUCCCCCGCCCUCCUCAGCCUCCCCACCGAGCUCAUCGUCCGCAUCCUCGCCCACCUCCCCUGCCCCGUCCUCCUCACCUUCAGAUCCACCAGCCGCUUCUGCCGCGCCCUCAUCGACGCAGACACCAGCCUCCAGUAUGCCAUCGAGCUCUGCGCCACCGGAGCGGUCGACAACCCCGCCUCGCGCUACGUCCUCGCCGACCGCCUGCGCAUCCUCAAGGAGCGCGAGAGCGCGUGGCAGCGCAUGGAGUUCUCGCGGGUCGCGCAGAUCCAGGUGCCGCACAACCCCUCGAGCAUAUAUGACCUCACCGGCGGGAUGUUCCUGCUCGGCGAGUCCUACUCGCGCAUACUGCCUACCUGGCGGCCAACGGAUGCGGCGCGAUAUCUGAACUUGCGCGCCGCGCUGAAGAACUCGGAGAACGCAACUGUGCUGGAUGGCCCGUGGGCGCGGAUAGACGUCAAUGCGAAGAUUAUGGACGUCGGGAUUGCUGCCCAGGAGCAUGACUUGAUUGCGAUCGUAACCUAUACAUACAUCGAAGUCAAUGAAUUUCUGGCCGAAUUGAAGAUCCACUUGGUGAAGCUCUCUACAGGAGGACAUCAUCCUGCGGCAUCCCAGCCAGUCAUACAGGUCCCGCGGAUGCCGUUCUUGCCCGGAAAUUGCAGCGUCUCGAUAGAGAUCGUCGGGGACACGCUUGGCGUCCUCUUUAAUCUCUCGCGCUUUCUGCACGGGGCGGGAAUGACGCCCAUCAUCGCGUUCUACCUUUACGAUUGGAAGACGGGUAAACUGAAAUCGACGCGCACGGCAAACUCGCCACACUACAACGCCUUCUGCUUCCUCUCGCCCGACGUGAUCGUCCUUCCCAAUGUCACGACGCAUGCGCUUGAGCUCUGCUCGAUCGCUGACCAGGAGGGCGAGUCUGCGGAGCCGGCACCGCUACAGACGCUCUGCACGCUCGGGCUCCCGCGUGCGGCGCCGUCCACGCUCUUCCACCGCAUCUGGUGCAGGGCGGAGCCGAAUGCACUCGCGACGCGCAACAGCACCUUCGCCGACGCGCCCUUCUUCACCGACCCCGCGCGCGCGGUGAUCAUCUUCAACGUCGUCGCACAGGACAUGACCCACGGCACGCUGCACUAUCUCUCCCUCGUCGUCCACCGCUCGUCCCUCCUCGCGCGCCUCGCGCAGUGCGUCUCCCCGCGCAGCGCGAACACGACGCCCACGACGCCGACCGCGCCCGGCCUGCAGCCGCCGCGCGUGGAGUGGCCCGCGUGGGGCCCGCCCGCGUGCCUGUGGCUCGACGGCGACGGGCUCGCGAUCCGCUGGAUCACCGUCACCUGCGGGCAGCGCUUCGUCGUGAUGAGCCGCGAGAGCCCGGCGCCGAUCCAGAUCUACGACUUCAACCCGCGCGCGGGCGCACGGCGCACGCAGGCGGCGCGCGCGCAGGGCCGCCUCGUGCACGAGACGACGGAGCGCGACGUGGACGUGGACGCGAAGAGCGGCGCGCGGACGGUGUUUGUGCGCCGCGCGACGCUGCUGUCGACAAUAUUUGAGGAGCCGGUGAGGUCGGAGAUGCCGUAUAUGAUUACGGAGACGGGGGAGUGGUACGACUAUGAGAGCGUGAUGAUGGACGAGGGCGUGUUGAUUGGGGUGGAGCAGUUGGAUGAAGAGACGGAUAAUAUCGGAAGUUUGGUCUUGCAUGCUGUGGGACCUGUGGCAUGAUGAUUGAAGCAUGGACGAAGUAUAACUUACCGUGUAUGACUAAAUCGUUCUAGAUGAAGAUGACUGCAAAGGCGCAAGUAUGCUCCUGAUCUCUGGCACGCUCCCUCUUUUCAGUGAAUAAGCAGGGUGUAUUGAACAACUUCACAAGCGAAUUGGCGUUGGCAUUGGUAGAUAUUCCGACAUGGCCGUCAAGCUACUCUCAAC